UACAGCAUGGAAGCGGGCCCUACCAGCCAUGCCCUGGCCCUGGCUGCCCUGACCUCAGCGCGCAGCGCCCUGCACGCCCUGCAUAGUGCACUGCAAACGUUGCGGCAGAGGGCGUUGAAGCGGGACUUCGUGGGAAGUUUGAAGCAGCUCUCGCGCACGGAGUGGCUGUCCUUGACCCUGCUGCUGGUGCUCCUGUGGCGGAGCCGCCGCGACCUUCGCUCUGAGGCCUCAGCAUUCUUGGGCAUCUUCGAGGGUGCAGCCAGGCUGCUGACUGGCAGAGCUGUGCGGAAGAAUUUCUUGAAGGACCAGUCCAAGAAGUUGCAGAGCAGUUGUAAAUUCUCGGACUUCUACGAGGUCUUCCCGAAGUGGUUGUCCGAAGGGCUGAGUGCUCACAGCUUCCAAGACAUGAAACCCAUUCAACGCAAAGUCCUGCCCUUGGCCCUCGGGGGUCAUGACGUAGUGGCGACUGCGCCCACGGGCUCCGGGAAGACUCUGGCCUUCCUGGUCCCGGCCAUGGUGCAUGCGUCAAGUCAAUCGGCUCCUUCCGUGGCCGAAGGGCCCAUCGUGCUGGUUCUGGCGCCCACGCGGGAGUUGGUGAUCCAAAUCCGUAGCGUCGCAGAGAAACUCACGAGCCGCGCCCGGGGGGCCCUCACUGUGGCAGCGGUCUACGGAGGUACCCGAAAGAUGGAUCAACUGGCUGCCCUGCGCCAGAAUCGAUCGCUACAUUUGCUGGUGGCAACGGUGGGGAGGUUGAUGGACUUCAUGCGUGAGCACAGGGCCUUCCGUCUGAGGAGGUGUUCCUUCCUGGUGCUGGACGAAGGGGACAAGAUGUUGGAUGAUGGCUUCGAAGAGGAGGUGGUUCUCAUCGGAGGGGAGGCGCGGCGCGACAAACAGGUGCUCUUCUUCUCCGCCACGUGGCCUCCCUCCGUGGAACGCGCCGCGCUCCGCCUCUGCAGUCGACCCGCAGCGGUGCUGCAGCGAGUGCGGCUGGAGCCCCAAGAGGUGGAAUCCAAGGAGGGCAGGUCCUUGCCACCAGACGUCAUUGAACAAGUGGUGGAGGUGGUGAAACGGGAUGAUCAUGAACACAAAUUGCCAAUUCUUCUUGACUACCUGGAGGAAGCGAAGCUAUCGACGCCGAUGCACCAGGGCGGUGGCAAGGUCCUGAUCUUCGUCCGCACGCGCAAUGCGGCCGACGAACUGGCCACGCUGGUGACGCAGCGCUACGGGGGCAGGAGCGAUGCCAUCCACGGGCAGCGGAAACAGGAGCAGCGGGAGACGUCCUUGAGGCAUUUUUGCAGCGGCAACACACGCGCCCUGAUCACCACCGAUGUCUUGGGCCGUGGGGUGGACAUCCCAGACGUGAGUUUGGUGUUCAUCUACGACUUCCCGGAUGAUAUUGAAACCUACAUCCAUCGUGUGGGACGCACGGGGCGAAACGGAAGGCCUGGAAGAGCGGUCUCCCUCUUCGUUCCGCAGUACUGGAACAGUUACAUGGCCAAAGAGCUUCAGGAUGUGCUGGAAAGGUGUCAACAAGGCGUUCCGGUGGCAUUGCAAGAAGCAGCGACAUCUUCAACCUGGAACAAUGGCUGGAGUGGCUGGACGCAACCUGACGAGCUGUGAUGCGGGGCGGCGGCAACCAUGCGGCAACGGCGAUGUUUGAGAUGGCUGUGGAUUAUCUAUCGCAACCCGAAGAAAAUUACCCUCUGGUAAUUUAACGUAGC